AUGACUAUAUAACAGUCGGGUACACAACUCAGAAGCACAUUGUAUACACUUGGCUUCAAGUUGUCGUUUCCUACGGUUCGAAGAAAACACAAAAUAUAAUAAAGAUGAGGACUUUCAUCAUUAUCACAGUGCUGUCAGCACUCGCAGCUUGCUAUAGUGCCGCCGACCUCCCGAACGAGGAGAUAUCCGGAGGCUACACCGUAUUAUAUGAUGACAUGUCACCCGAAGGAAGGAUUGUGUCCAGCGCGGAGCUUAAUGCUAAUGUUUGGAUACCGAUAUCUGAGGCAACACUUUUGGCACCAGCGGUCGCAGGUCAAAGACAAUAUAUUACCAAGGUGUUCCAGGCUGCACCCGGGGUCAUCAUAAACGGACUCAGCGUUACUUACAGCAAAACUCCCGCGUAUUCAUACCGCAGUUCACUGGGAAGCGAUUCCAUGAUAGUGUCGAUAACUUCACACCCCGGUGACGAAAUUUCCUCAAAAAUUACAGUAUACAGAAGACCAUAGUAGACUGAUUGUGAUUCAUAAACUUAUAGUCAUCAUACCUUAAUGACACUAUGCGUGAAUAUUGUUAUCGGGAAACCUCUAAAUAAAUGAUAUUGAUAUAAAA